UUUUUAUUGUAAUGUAUAUUUUUAUAAGAAACCAUAUAUUUUUUUUUUUUUUUAAUUAUAGUUAUCAAUUUUUAUUGGACAAACAACUGCGUAGGUGUUUGAUAUUGUGAAAAAUGAAGUGACACUGGAGUUUUAUCAUAAAUGAGAGAAUGCAAAUGCAUUCUGUCAUUACAUGAUAGGAAGUACUAGUUUCAACGAUUUUUACCCCAAUUGUUAAACUAUACCCUUUAUUUAUUGCCAUGACAACUCCAAAUAAAUCAUUUUAUAGGGUUCUCAAAAAUAUUAUGCACCGUGUUUAUUUAUAUGCUUGAAUUGUUUUCAAUUUUUAUAAGUUUCUUUAAAAGUAGAAAUGAAAAGAAAUUUGAAAAGUGCAAUUAAAUAUUUUUUAUACAUUUUGAUCACUGUUGUUGUCACUAUUGUCGUUUUUAAAUUCUUAAAAUGGACAACUAAAAAGCAUAGAGGUAGUACUAAUUUGACUUCAGUUUUAGCAGAUUAUCAAUUACAAACUAACUAUGUGCCUCAAAAAAUUGAUUGGCAUGAUUGGCAACAAAUUAAUAUAGAAAAACUCAGAACAGGUGUUGGUGAACAAGGUAUAAUUGCUGAAUUACAAAAUUCUGAAAUGCAGGACAAGUAUGAAUCAUUGUAUAAAGUAAAUGGAUUUAAUGCCUUGUUAAGUGAUAGUAUAUCUGUGAAUCGUUCACUGCCAGAUAUUCGUCACAAGCUUUGUAAAUCCAAAAGAUACAGUUCCAAAUUGCCAACUGUAAGUGUAAUUGUGCCAUUUCACAAUGAACAUUUUUCAGUCCUGUUGAGAACUGUUUAUAGUGUAUUGAACCGCUCACCUAAAACUUUAUUAAAGGAAAUUAUAUUAGUUGAUGAUUCCAGCACCAAAUCUCAUUGUAAAGGUCCAUUAGAUAAUUUUGUGAAAACUAACUUGUAUGGUAAAGUACAAGUAAUACAUUUGAAAAAAAGACAGGGCCUUAUUAGGGCUCGUUUAGCUGGUGCUAAAAAAGCUAUUAGUGAGGUAUUAAUAUUUUUAGAUUCACAUACUGAAGCUAAUGUUAAUUGGUUGCCACCUCUAUUAGAGCCUAUUACAGAUGAUUACCGUACAUGUGUUUGUCCAUUCAUUGAUGUUAUAGGGUAUGAAACAUUUCAAUAUAAAGCUCAAGAUGAAGGGGCUAGAGGUGCUUUUGAUUGGGAAUUUUUUUAUAAAAGAUUACCUUUAUUGCCAGAAGACCUAAUGACUCCUACUAAACCAUUUCGAAAUCCAGUAAUGGCAGGAGGUUUGUUUGCCAUAAGUGCUCGUUGGUUUUGGGAACUUGGAGGUUAUGAUCCAGGUUUGGAUAUUUGGGGUGGAGAGCAGUAUGAAUUGUCAUUUAAAAUAUGGCAAUGUGGUGGAACAAUACUAGAUGCCCCUUGUUCAAGAAUAGGACACAUUUAUAGAAAAUUUGCACCGUUUCCUAAUCCUGGUAUUGGAGACUUUGUUGGAAAAAAUUAUAAACGCGUCGCAGAAGUAUGGAUGGAUGAGUAUGCAGAGUACUUGUAUAGUCGAAGACCUACUUACCGACACAUCGAUCCUGGUGAUCUGACUGAGCAAAAAAAAAUUCGAGAAAAAUUAAAAUGUAAACCUUUUAAAUGGUUUAUAAGUGAAAUCGCAUUUGACUUAGUCAAAAGGUAUCCACUUGUGGAACCACCAGAUAUCGGCCAUGGAAAGAUCAGAAGUUACAAUGCUCCUGAGCUUUGUUUAGAUUCUACGUUAGAAGAUAGGCUUAAGUUGAAAAAUUGCAGAGACAACAAUGAUGAUCAGGAAUUCACAUUAAGUUGGAGAAAAGACAUAAGGAAAAAAAACAACAUGUGUUUGGAUGUUUCGGAUGUAUCGACAAGAGGCAAAAUAUCAUUAUAUAGAUGUCAUAGUUCUGGGGGUAAUCAGCUCUGGAAUUAUGAUCAUGAAAAUAAAAUGCUCGUUCAUGGAGGUAACUACAGAUGUUUGGAAGGUGAUAUUAGUACAAGAAAAGUAUAUGUAACUCAUUGUGACCCAAAAGAUGAAGAUCAAAAAUGGAUUAUUGAACACGUAAAUCCACUUGCAACAAAUUGGACACUAAAUCUUAUAGGACAGUAAUACUUUUAUCUAUUUAUCAGUUAGUUGAAUAUAAAAAAAUAUUUUUAAUUAUGUUUAUUGAAUAUUUUUAUGUGGUUAUCUGUGAUAAGUAGUGUUGUUUAGUACACAGUAUGUUUGUUACCAACUAGUAUAUUAUGUAAAACAAAAAAAAUCAACUUUUUUAGAUUUUUAAAAAGGUCUAUACUUAAUCUGUAUAACAUUUUUAUUAACAUGUGUUAACAUAGAUAUUUUUGAUACUUCAGACAUAUCAGAAUUACUUAUUAUUUAUUAUUUUAACUACAGUAGCCUCUCAGUAAUCCAGCAGAUAUCAGACCAGAGGACUGCCGGUUUAAUGAAAACGCUGAAUAAAUAGAGGUUCAUAAAAAACAAAUUUUAGUCGUAAAAUCUAUGUAUUUAUUGUACAAAAUAUUACAAACUUUAUUAACUUUUAUACAUAACUUAUUGGUCAGGUUUAAAAAAAGUGUAAAUUUUUUUUUGCUUUUUCACUUGAAAUAACAAUGUUAUCGCUUAUUCUUAAAAUUCUUGAAGCAUUUGUUCAUUUUCGAGGGUCCGGAUUACUGGAUGUCUUGAAUUAUCAUAUAGCCGAGACUCUACUGUACAUGACUAACAUGAUUAUAGUCAUAAAUUAUAACUAUCACUUUGUGUACUUAUAAUUUAUCUACUUAAAUGACAUAAAGUAAACUAUUGUGAUUUUAAUUUUAAUUUUAUGUAUUAUUUAAGCACUCCAAAUUUUUUUUAUUAUUUAUUAGUAUUAUUACAUACGUCAUAUUUAAUUAAUCUAAUUUCAAUAAAGUACUGAUUUUAAAUAUGCUCAA